AUGAAAAUAAGAGAGGAUAGAACCAAAGUAUUUAUUGGACAGUUAGAUCCAUGGAUAACUCCUGGUGAACUUGAAAGAGAGUUUCGGAGAUUUGGAGUUGUCGAUGCUGUAUGGGUUGCUAGAAAUCCACCUGGGUUUGGAUUUGUAACAUAUGCUAAUCCUCGAGACGCCGAACUUUCAGUUCAAGAAAUGGAUGGUUCAACAAUUUUUGGAAGAAGACCGAUUAGAGUUGAGAUGGCAAAGAGCAUAUACUCUAGACGUGACUCGUCUUCUGGUAGACACAAUGGUAUGAAUGGUCCAUACUCUAGAAAUAAAAGUCCUCCACCACUACCUCCUUAUAGAAUUAGAGGUAGAUAUCCAUCUAAUGUACGCUAUGAUGAUAAAAAUACGCGACGAAGUCCAAGUACCUCACGCACCAGAUCUCGUCAUUAUGAUGACCAUGAUAGAAGAUAUGUAUCUAACGAUAUGAGAUAUCGCUCACCAUACUCUGACUAUUAUCACGACAACCAUAAAGUAAAAUCUAGGUCGAGGUCACGAUCUAGGUCACUUCCAGUGGAACAUAGAAGAAGAAAUUAUUCACCAAAUCUAACACAUAGAGAAGAUACAGCAAACCGCAAUAUCUCAAUGUUAUCACCACGUCAAUUAAAUGAAUCUAAUAAUCAAGAUGGAGAAGUAAAAUAUUCGCCACCUUCAAGAUCAAAUUCUACAUCAAGGAUUCAAUCAUAA